CUUCCUCUACCCCCCUCCUCUGCUCCCUGUUCUUGCUUAAAAAAGAGCUGCGGCAUUAGCUGUCCCCUCUCAACACAGGGCUUUCAGCCACAGAUCUGCUUCGAAGAUGGCCCAACUGAGGUUACAGGCUGGCAACAUCCAGAAUGACUUCAUCUAUCUUUCACAUAACAGGAAGGUUCCCAAAAAGAUGUCUUCUAUCAUGGAGAUGAAGGAAAUCUUCCUCAAUGCCGAUGCCAUUUGCUUCGAUGUGGACAGCACAGUCAUUAAAGAAGAAGGCAUCGAUGAACUGGCAAAAUUCUGUGGUGUUGGAGAUGCGGUGGCAGAAAUGACUCGCAGAGCAAUGGGAGGUUCAGUAACGUUCAAGGCAGCUUUAACUGCGCGACUAGGCCUCAUACGACCUUCCUACGAACAAGUGCAGAAAUUAAUAUCAGAGCAUCCACCCCAGCUAACGCCAGGAAUAAGGUAAGAAAUAUUAGGAAUGGUUAUGUUGUGCGGUAUUCCCAAGAUGUAUUUUGCCCAUGGAGAUUAUCAUAGGAACUUGCUGUGUGUUCCUAGGAUUUUAUAAAAGACAUAAUACAAUAAGGUUGGACUGGAACUUGAAUCUUUGAGUUGGAUUCUCCCCCACCCCCACCCCCGGUUAUUAAGGCAAUCUAUCAAAGCAUACAAACUGCUCCUGAAUUCAGCCAAGAUUAUCUUUGCUCCCCCUCCUUUUUCUUGCCCAUUGCCAGUUGAGAUUAAAAUCCAUUGCAAUAAUACUAUUUUUUUAAUUGUACUCAAACUGCAGCCAAACUUUGCUUUAUCGGCUUGUUUUUCAAGCUAUGAUAUGGAAUUUGGAUUCUGAUCUGGGGAUUUUCAUCUUUGGUUCUCGGUGCAACUGCAUUCCUUGAUUCAAAGCUGGUGAAUAGUUUGGGUUCCUCCUGGACUCACAGCUCCUAUGAAAAACAGGUGACAGCCAUAUUUUUCAGAGUAUAAGACGGACCUUUUUU